AUGUCUGAAAACUUUCUGCAACUAAAUAAGGACAAGACUGAAUUCAUCAUCUUCGGUUCACCUCAACAAAGGAAGAAAUGCCAAGACCUCCACUUCAACAUUGGUGAAUGUCAGAUCGAUCAGAGAUCCAUGCACCGCCUCCAACUGUUGCAGAAUACAUCUGCUAGGAUCAUUACAGGAACAAAGAAAUUUGAGCACAUCACACCGAUUCUACAAGAACUUCAUUGGCUACCUGUUUCUUUCAGGAGCAUUUUCAAGAUUUUGCUCAUUACAUUUAAGACUCUGAGAGAUGAAGGUCCUGGGUAUCUUCGUGAACUGCUUGUAUGGUACGUGCCAUCGCGAACUCUCCACUCUUGUACUGACAAACUUCUGCUUGUUGAGCCUAGAUCUACACGUUCAUGGGGUGAUCGAUCAUUUGCUUUGCGGCUCCACGCCUUUGGAAUAAACUGCCAAUAA